GCAAAUCGGGUUUUUUGUGUGUGCAGUUUUGUUUGUUGAGUUGUGGUUAUUAAUACUGAAGUACGUCUAGAGUGGUAUGAACACCAUAGCAGAAUAAGAACGGUCAAAGUCAGUUUAAAAAGCAUACAUCAGUUGAGAACUAUGAGCACAAUGGAAUGUUCAAUCUGUGUUGAUUCUUUAUAUCGUCCAACCACGUGCAUUCCAUGCGGCCAUGUUUUCUGCGAGUCCUGUAUCACCCAAUGGGAGCAGAUGACGCCUAACAAGCUGUGUCCUAACUGUCGUGUUAGGAUCAACCUUACGCAGCGACUCAUCUGGGAUGGUAACAGAAAGCGAUCGGUGAAGAGGAAAGCUUUUAAGUUUCUCAAUGUUGAAAAAUUGAGGCAACUGACAGUCCAGGCUAAAGCCUCGUGGAACAGUUUUGGGAUUGGUGGACAUUUUUUCUUCGUCUUCCUGCUCACUUUCAUGCUUUGUGCUGUUGUCCAUGAUGCAAAGAACGAACGUGGAUUUAUCCUGGGCUGUCUUCUGCCAGUGGUGGCGCCGGUAGCCGAUAUUGUCCGUCACCUUAUGAGUUUUUUUCUGAACGUGUUUAACCGACUGUCCCUGUGUGUUCGACGAUGUCAUCCCGAGGUUAUGUCCAUGCUGUGGGACGUUGCUCUUGAUCUUAAGUCUUUGGGCUUCGAUAUUGUAAAUGAGUUGGCUUUUAUUCCAGGCAUCUUCCUAACAUCUGUCGGUACUGGGAUGUUACUCCUGUUAAACAUUACAGCCGAGGUUACCUCCACGAUCACGCGGCUGGCAUUGGUCUUCACGCUAGCUUUUGUGGUGUUACUGCUGGCGAAACCAUAUUCGCGGGGUUACGUAGACAUGCUUUUCACGAAGCUUCUCAGAUUUUGGAGGAAAUUGAGAAGACUGAUUGAAGAAGGAGAUUGAGAUAUUUUCAGUUUUAAUUCUUUUUUAUCUGUAAUAAUUGACAAACUGUU